UUUUUUAAAACGCAAGGCAGCUCUCAAGUUGAUCAGUCUGCUCAGGAAAACCUCUGGUGCUGGAGAAAGUAUUGGGAGUGCAAGCUGAAGGGCGAGAGAAGUUGAGAUUUCCUGCAAAGAAAUUGUUUUGCUCCCGCAGAGGACCACAUAUAUCUCGUUUGUGGGGGGGUGAAGAAGCUGCACAUAUAUUUUAAAUUUGCCCAUUUGAACAAAUUUUGUGUUGAUUUUUUUGCACGGUGCACAGAUCAUUAUUUUUAAUUUUUUUGUAUUUUUCCUUCAUAGAUAGCAACACUCCUGGAUAAAGACUCUUGGCUUUAGCUUUUAAAAAUCGGAUUAUCUGACUGAGGCAUUGUGUUCAUUAGACCAGACUACUUUUUUUUUUUUUUUUUCGCCUCCUCCUCUUCGCAUUUCAGCUGUAUGCUCUAACUGCAGCGAGCACCAACAAUGAUUCUGAGUUUCUGCCUCCUGGUGACAUUUAUCUUGGGGCUGUCCGGCUGCUUGGGCUCGUACGUGCCGUGCGAGCCCUGCGACCAGAAGGCGCUGUCCAUGUGCCCCCCGGUGCCGAUCGGCUGCCAGCUGGUCAAGGAGCCCGGCUGCGGCUGCUGCCUAACGUGCGCCCUGUCCGAGGGGCAGGCGUGCGGCGUGUACACGGGGACGUGCACCCAGGGCCUCCGCUGCCUGCCGAGGAGCGGGGAGGAGAAGCCCCUGCACGCCCUGCUCCACGGCAGGGGAGUGUGCACCAACGAGAAAGGAUACAAACCCGCUCACCCGCCAAUAGAUCGCGAGUCACGGGAGCACGACGACACCAUGACCACAGAGAUUACAGAGGAGCUCCAGCCCGCGAAAGUGCCACUCCUUCCUAAAGACAUUGUGGUCAGUAAAAAAGCCCACGCCAUGCGCAAGGAGAUGAAGAGGAAUAAGGGCAAGCAGCGCUCCAUGGGCUCCCCCAUGGACUACUCCCCUCUGCCCAUCGACAAGCAUGAGCCGGAAUUUGGUCCAUGCAGAAGAAAACUGGAUGGGAUCAUUCAGGGGAUGAAGGACACUUCUCGUGUCAUGGCUCUGUCUCUGUACCUCCCCAACUGUGACAGAAAAGGAUUCUUCAAGCGCAAGCAGUGCAAACCAUCUCGUGGCCGCAAACGAGGCAUCUGCUGGUGCGUGGACAAGUACGGCGUCCAGCUCCCGGGGACAGACUACAGCGGCGGGGACAUUCAGUGUAAAGACCUGGAGAGCAGCAACAACAACGAGUGAAACAAGAGAGAGAGGACCAACCCACGUCCCCCCCCUUAUCCCCCCCUUGUCCCACCUAAACGACCACUUGACCCGGGGUCCACGCCUCCUUCUCCGAAUCACACCUGUAUGCUCCGCCCUCCGCUCACCUCGAGAUUCUUUGUUUUUUCAAAUUGGAGAAAGAAAAGAUCCAAAACGAAAGAACAGGCUGAAAAAAGGACACCUGUAUUUUUUUUAUUUUUUUUCCUGUUUCUUUUCUGUUGUUGACCAAGCACUCAUCUUCGAAAUGGGGGGGGGGGGGGGGGUCCCAGGAGAUUGAAAUAGAUCCCUUGACUAUUGCAAGCGGGGACCCCUUGAGCCGGGGCGCCCCCCUGAUUGCAGAUCCAUGAAAAUAUAUGCACUCAAUGGAUAUAUUUUUUAUAGAACCUGGGGGGUUUCAGUACAACACUUUGUAUGAUGUUCAACAAUAAUUAACACAAAAAAAAAUCCUUAUUGAAGGUAGACAAAGCGUCAGGCACAUUGACGCGAUGCUUCCGUGGAGCUGACAAAUUGGCCGUCGAGGACGAAACGAGGCGAUAGGGAUUGGCUGUAACAGUUGACUCUAUCUGGGUGUGUGGUUCUGUCAGAGCACUUAUUAUGAAAUGAGGGAGGGGGGGGCGGGGGGGACCUGCUUAGAUGUGUGUGUGUUAGAUAACUUCACAAAAAAACGAUGCAUGCAUGAAUGUGUGUAUGUGUGUAUACAGUGGGAGUGCGUGGUGUGUAUCGGCCUCUAUGUUGGCGUAUGACGGAGUGAGCCUAUUACGAAAAAAAAAGAAAAUGGAAUGUCCUAAUUUCUCUCUCUCUCUCUCUCUCUCUUUGGUUUUGUCACGAGUAUCGGUAGCGCUCCACGUGGUCUUGGGGGCCGGCCUCUUUCUCUUAUUAUUGUUAAAGUACGUCUCGGGACACGGAGCGUUCACCGAACAAAACGAGUGCACGGAAUUCGUCACGGAUGAACCCGCGUGGAAAGUGGCUCUUCGACAAUGUAGCUAGCCUGAUAUGCCAACUGUGCCUAUUAGAACAGACAAUGCCAUGCGGGGCGACACAGAGCUCGGAGAGCGCCGCCCUGCUGGUGAGAGAAAGAUUUUUUUGUUCAGCCGAGGCGACGACCGGACUCAAGUUUGACGUUCGAUUCCUUUUCGGGGGUGGGGGGGGGGGGGGGCUCAGCGCGGGAAAAAAAUCCAAACUUGCCAGUCGGGUGCGGCGGCUUCUCUGAUCCAGUUGUGUGAAGUGUAGUUUUGUAUGGUUUUUUGUUUGUGCUGUUUUCUUUGCCUUCAGUGAAGUAAAGACCGCCCACUUUUGAGCCAUGUUCCUUUUUAUCGAGUGGUUUCCCCUCAGUACUGCUACUACAGUGUAACCAUGGUGUAUUACGUUACUUUUUAAAUAUAGUUAUUGAAUGUUGUUGUUUUUUUUUCCUGUAGAAACAACGUAUGACAACGAUAUAAUUGUGCUUUGGGGGAAAAAAAAACAAAACAGAUUUGUUUAGCCUGUAAAGAAUUUGAGUAGGACCUCGCGGCCUGUCAGGAGAGUCACUCGACGGACAGGACAGUCCAAGAAGCUAACCCUCUGGAACCCUUCUGCUCCCCCGCCUCCAGUAAAACAGGUUCUCCACCUGCGUUAGAGGAGGAGCACGAGGAGAACACACACAAACAAACGUGACAGGUUGAUACAGGGUCAUUAAAGUAGAGUUGUUCUCUCUCUGUGUGCAAAUCACAGUGCCUUCCUACAUGCAUAUACAGUAAAUAGUGACGUGAAAGUGACACGGAUAUGACACGGUGGAACAACUCGGUUCGUCAGACUGACCCCCCCCGCCCCCCCCCCCCGCCAGGGCCGAUACUUGACACGAGGACAAAGAGACUCGAGGGUUAGUUCUGAUUAAGAGAACAACUAAUGAAUGUGGUGGGUCUUGUAUAUGUCACCCUAGGGGCGACUCUGGAUGAGAACGAGGUGUGAGGAACCGCUGCGUACCCCCCCCCCCCCCCCCUCUUUCUUUGACAACCAAUAAGCUAGGGUUCUCGCGUUUUUUCAUGUGAAUGCCAAUGUAUAUGAUUGCCAGAGAUGGGGAAGCCUGUUCGUGAGGGCAGAGCGACCAUUUUCCUUUGCUGCAACAAAAAGGGAAAAAACAAAGGAACGGCGACCGGUUGUGAACACAUGGUCACGGUUCCUCGCCCCCCCUCGUCCAACACCAAACCCCCCCCCCCCCCCACUACCACUUUCAAGAAAAACAAAAAAAAAAAAAAGCAGCUUGCACUUAUUUCAGUUACUCACUAUUGAUAUUGACACACAACGACGUCCUAAGAUGUGGGAUCAUGAAGUUAGUGGAACAAAUUGUAAAAUAAAAAAAAUAACUGAAAAAAAAUAUACAGCCACAGAAGCUAAAUGUUGUGUUAUCUCGUGCUGGCCUUGUAAAGGCGGUGCUUCGAGGAAAUGUUUGUUGACAGGGGCUGUGCGGCCCAUGCCUGGGACCUCCACUACACAAGCAUCUUUUAGGGCAACUUUAGAUUAAACAGUAACAUGCAGCUAGAGAUGUCCUCGUGGCGUCUUGAGAGGAGAGAGGAGAGGCGAAGAGGAGGAGGAGGAGGAGCGGGCGCCACGGGCCCGGUGGUCAUGAUCAGGGCAUUGCCACUUCUCCGACACGGGGUCACCGGCUGCAUGAUAUUAGAUACAGCUAGCACGACGGUUAUCAGGUCUCAGAGGCACUGAAAUCUGGGGAAUACAAUACUGCAACCAGGAGGAGAAUUGAUCAAGUUACCUCUUUGACUGGGAGACGCUCACACAUCUGAUAUCUGGGAUCUUUCGAUGUUUCCGGAUCAGUCAAGGGUGUGAAUACUUCUCCUGUACCCCCCCCCCCCCCCCCCCCCACAGACACACACACACCUGCUUGCGAGUAGUGACUUCCUCAGUUUUCUUGUCUCCUUCCUGGUUUGAACUCAUAUUCACAUUUCAUACUUCAGUAGUACAGUAAUGACAGAACAGCUUUUUUCUGAAUACAUAACACUUUUUUUGGAUGUAACGAGUCAACACAAUUGGUUUUCAUAAUUAGGUGUUCACUGGCUUGUGACAUUGACCCAUCGGUGGCAGGAGGAUAGUGGGAAAUAAAAUGGUCAGUAUUUGGAAACUACAUAAGGCGAAAUAAAAAAUAAAGACAAAAAAUCUCAAAUUAUUAAGUGAAUAUCACUGUGUAAUAUUUAUUCAACUUGUAAUUUAUGUACUCUUUUAACCUUUGUCUUUUUUUGUUAUGACAAAGCAUUUAUUUAAAUAAAGUUACGUAUUCAUUUAAAAA